AUGAAGUUGGACGCCGAGUCGCGCAAGCAAUGGGAGUUGCAGGUCAGAGCCCAUGUACUCGGAACUCUUACGUCAGUUUUACCUGAAAGGAAAUUUGCUUUAGUAGAUUGGCCUGAGAUCGCUAAUAUUGAAUUAGCUGACCCGAACUUUAAUUCCCCAAACAAAAUUGACGUUUUGUUAGGAGCCGAGACUUAUUGCCAUAUUUUAAAGGAGGGACUAAUUAAAGCCCCGCAAGGCACGCCUAUUGCCCAGGACACUUACCUCGGAUGGAUCCUCUCCGGAACAAUUGAAGAUUUGCGUAAGGAGUGUCAUCACAAUGUUAUUGUCAGCAUGCACGCACAAGUUGAAGAAAAUGACUUGCUGAAACGAAUAUGGGAGCUAGAACCAGAACCAGUUUCCCUCAAGAAGCGUCUAACGCAAGAAGAGCAGGCUUGUGAAGACUACUACGAUGCUACCACUCGAAGAGAUGAGUCUGGCCGAUACGUUGUGAAUCUUCCUUUCCGAUGCGCGGAUCCUCCAUGUAAGUAUGGAAACUCGAAGAACAUUGCCAUGAAGAGACUUCAAGGUCUUGAACGGAAGUUCUCGAAACACCCUGAAAUUAAAAAACAAUACACAGAGGUGAUUAAUGAGUACUUGACACUUGGGCACAUGGAAAAGAUCACAGAUGAAACUCAAAAAAACAAACCUGAUGCGGUAUAUCUGCCACAUCAUGCGGUGAUUAGGGAGGAUAAGAGCACUACCAAGUUGAGGGUGGUUUUUGAUGCAUCGUGCAAGGGAACGAACGGCUUUUCCUUGAACGAUACCUUAAUGGUAGGACCCACACUGCAAGCAGAUUUACGACACAUUAUCAUGAAGUGGCGCGUUCAUCCUAUAUGCCUGUCUGCUGAUGUUAUUAAAAUGUUCAGACAGGUAAGAGUUUCUGAAGAACACGCCGAUUUUCAACGAAUUGUGUGGAGAGAAAGACCGGAAGAGGAGAUUGAAGAUUAUCGCAUUUUGGUUGUGUCGUUUGGUACCGGUUGUGCACCUUACUUAGCGGUCAAAACAAUGCAAAGAAUUGCUUGUGAUGAAGGUCAUAAAUAUCCAUUGGCCGCUGAGAGGAUAAAAUCAGAUGUGUACAUCGAUGAUGUCAUGACAGGGUGUCAAUCGGAAGCCGAAGCAAUCGAAGUCUACAAGCAGUUAAACCAACUCCUAGCAAAGGGUGGUUUCAAAUUGCAGAAAUGGACAAGCAAUUCUAACAAACUCUUAGAAGUUUUUAAAGAAGAUACAGGAAGAGAUGUAGAGAUAAAGCAAGAUCAAGUAACGAAAGUUUUAGGACUUACCUGGAACAGAACUACUGAUGAAUUUGAUUACUCGGUGAAGCUGCCUCCGCGCGCCGCCAUGUCCGCACCUGAAACAAAAAGAAAAAUUAUUUCCGAGAUUUCACGUCUGUUUGACCCACUAGGUUGGAUUGCACCAUGCAUAAUUACCUCAAAGGUUUUCAUUCAACGACUGUGGAUCGCUGGAAUGGGUUGGGAUGAUGAGCUGCCGCCGGAGCUUCUGAAACAGUGGGAAUCAUAUCGCAGUGAAUUAAACAAAUUGAUAAAUUUUCACAUACCGAGAUGGGUUGACACCACGAAUGACGCCAAGGUUGAACUACAUGGAUUCAGCGAUGCUUCCAAUAUUGCUUACGCGGCCGUCAUCUACAUCCGUGUGAUUGAUCCAAUCGGUAAUGUUCAAACCCACUUAAUUACUGCCAAGUCCAAAGUAGCACCGAUAAAACAAGUAUCCAUUCCGCGACUCGAGUUGUGUGGUGCUGUCCUUGUGAGUAACUUGCUGGUUGAGGUAGCCGAAGUGCUGGGAGUACCGAAGUCUCGCCUACAUGCGUGGACUGACUCUACAGUGGUGUUGGCAUGGCUAAACGAUCACCCAAGUCGAUGGAAGACGUUUGUAGCCAACCGCACGUCGGAAAUCCUCGGUCUUCUGGACAAUUCACAGUGGUCUCAUGUACAAUCAAAGGACAACCCCGCCGAUAUUGCGUCGCGAGGCACUACUCCAACUGAGCUUUUACAUAAUCCUCUUUGGCUACAAGGACCAAGUUGGUUACGCGGCGAAUCUUUGAAUUACGGCAGACCUAGCUCUAUAAACCACAACGACGAAGAAAAAGUAGUCCGCGUUCAUGCGACGGCGAUAACUCCCGAAGAUGAAGAUAAUUGGUUGUGGGACAGAUUUUCUUCGUUACGAAAGCUGGUCAGAGUAGUCGCUCUUUGCAAAAGGUUCAUAAAAAGAUGUCGCGAGCCCAAACUCAAGUUGUUACCUUACAUUUCUGUGUCCGAAAUAAAGGAGUCUCUACAGCUAUGCAUUCUGAAAUGUCAAAAAACCUGGUUCCAAGAUGACCUUCGAACUCUCCAUUCAAAGGAAGAGAUUACAACUUUGAACAACAUGUUCAUCUCAGCACUUUAA